GGGAGGGGGAAGCGGCGCGAGGCAAGAUGGCGGCGCUGAAGGAGGAGCAGAGCUACGGGCUCUCCUGUGGCAAACUCACAUCGGGGAAUAACAUCUCGGUCCUUCACGUUAAACUCACCGACACCGCCCUCAAGGCGCUCGAGGCCUACCAGAACCGCAAGGGCACUGUUUCCCCCCAGCCCGGAAUUCGCUUUGAAGGAAACAAAGGGCGAAUCACCAUCCCAAGGCCAGAUUGCCCGAAUGAGGUGCGGACCUUCACGUUUACCAAUGACGGCAGGGAUAAACCCCAGUGCAGCUUCGACUGUGUUCAGCAAUAUCAAUCCCGAUCUGGGAGUGUGCAGCUGGACUGUCUUGGAGGCAUACAGGAUAAAAUCACUGUGUGCGCUACCGACGACUCGUAUCAAAUGACGAGAGAGCGCAUGACACAAGCGGAGGAGGAAACCCGCAGCCGUGGAACCAUCGUUAUUAAACCAGGAAGGUGUGGAGUCCCAGUUAAAAAGUUUCAGCUCCGCAAACCGGCCCCUGGGGUCUCAGACACUGCUCCCCAAAGGAGACGGCCGAUCCCAGUUAACCUGGCAAACGCAAUGAAGAAAUGCGUCAACAACAGCAUUUCCCAGAGGCCCUUCCGAGACCGUGUCAUCCACUUACUGGCUCUGAAGCCUUACAAGAAACCAGAAUUAAUUCUUCGGUUGCAAAAGGAUGGAGUCAGUCAACAGGAUAAGGACUCGCUGGAAAACCUCCUGCAACAGGUAGCUAACAUGAACAGCAAGGAUGGUACCUUUACGCCGAAGGACUUUGUGUACAAAGAAAUUCAGAGAGACUGGCCUGGUUACUCUGAAGAGGACCAGCGGUUACUGAAGCGGGUCCUUGUAAGAAAAUUAUUCCAACCACCCAAUACCAGCGGGGGCUCGGGAGAGACACCAUCUUCGAGUCCAAAGGACAACGUGAAUUCUGCAUCGCCACCACAGAAACGACCUGUGCCCAAUGACUUCAUUGAUCCCCUGGCCAAUAAGAAGCCUCGGAUAUCUCUUCUGACGAGUCGCGUUCCUCCGACGUUAAACGGCCGGUUAAAUCCCUCCAAUGGGAAGGAAGCAGCAGCCCCGGCUCCAUCUGUCCCGCCAGCCACAGCCGAGUCGGUCAGCUCCACGUCCACUUUGCCGAUGUUAGCGGAGAUCAGGGGACCUCACGACCUCCUCUCGGACAUCAGCAAUGACUCCAGCCACAAUGGCAGGGACUGCGAGAGCCAGGAGGCUCCGGACAGGCCGAGCUGCCCGCUCCCGGCAGAGUUGCCACGGCCAAGUGAACAGAACGCUACGUCUCAUGUGAAAUCAAAGAAAAAAUCGAAAAAGCACAAAGACAAAGAGCGAACGAGGGAAAGGAAGAAUAGCGAGGAGGGGUGCGGAGGGCAGGCCAGGGACUUCGCUUUACUUCCAAGCUGCCAGGAGCAAAAGAAGGAGGCUCCGCCAAAGGGGACAGGGUUGAAUGGAAUGUGCAACAACUCAAGUGUUCCAACAUCAACGUCGGAAACACCGGAUUAUUUACUUAAGUACACAGCGAUUGCAUCGCAAGAACAGAGGCAAAGCUAUAAAAAUGACUUCAACGCAGAGUACAGCGAGUACCGGGAUCUCCACUCUAGGAUAGAGAGCAUAACGAGGCGUUUCACCCAGCUGGAUGCAGAACUCAAACAGCUCUCUCCAGGAUCAGGAGACUACAAGACUAUCCACGAUCAAAUUUUACAAGAGUAUCGUAAAAUUAAAAAGACAAAUCCCAAGUACAGCCAGGAGAAGUAUCGCUGUGAAUAUCUACACAAUAAGCUGGCUCACGUUAAGAAACUGAUAGCAGAGUAUGACCAGAAGCAGCUCCAGUCCUGGCAUUAGCAAGAAACUGAGCAUAUAAUUUUUUAAAGAGAAAAAUUGCAUCUAAUUGUGUUUCCAAUUUCCCCUUUGUAUGCCACAAGAGGAGGAUAAUCCGCUGAUUGAGGCCAGCACUAACUCUUAUUAGAGAAUCUUGGGGGAAACCAUGGUCAAUUAAUGUAUAAUGAGAAGAAUUUAGUGGUCUAAAGAGCAGAGGUCACAACUGGCUAAAAUGGAAACUGUAAACAAGAUUUGCUGUUCAUUAUGUAUCCCAUGACUCUUGAAACUUCCUCCUGGAGUGAAAUUAUUGCUGCUUUUUUCUCCAUUUGCCUUCUUCACAGUGUAAGGUAUUGUCAAGUAUUAUGUGUAAACUGUUGCCAGCCUUUUGAAUCUGGUGUGGGCUUGGCGCCUGUUUGUUUCAAGGCUGUCUGCACUGGUGAUGUGGCAUUAAGUGCCCUUUCUAUUUCUUCCCUGUUCAAAGUAUUUAAACUGUCCAUCGGGAAGACAGUGGCCUGAUGUAAUGGGUAAAGUAUCUCCUUCCAGUCCAGGACAUUCUUUGAGAUCACAUGUUGGGUUUAGGCCAUGUAGCAGGAAGCCAUUUAUGAUCCUAGAGGUCUCUGAACACAGACUAGUUGUCAGCUUUCAGUUUCCCUGUUUCUGUACUAUUAAUAUUACAAGUGGUGUACAUUCUUCAGGAUUGGUUUACUGACUGUUUAGCUGCCUAUAUGAGACCAUACAAUCCUGGCCUUAUAUUGAGCCCUGGCUGCGAGUCUGGGUGCCUGAACUUUCUUUGACGUGUCACUUACUGUUGGAAUAACCACGACUAUCCCUGAGGCAAGUAUCAGGAAAAUAAAAAUCACUUGUCCUGGUUAGCAUUGUGAUGUUCCAAUGUAAAGCUAUAGCAUGGUGUAUAAAACUAGUCAUUAACCAGUAUUAAUCACUGUGAUCCUGAUUAAUUAUCCAAACAAUUGAAGAGAAAAAAAACACAAAGGGGUGGGAAAUAAACCUAAAAUUGUCUCAAUUUUUGUAACGGCACAGAAUUGUGAUUAUCUGUUUUGAAUUAAUUUACUACUUCGGUAGAAGACACUGACCUCCCAUCUCGGUGACAUUGUACCAGAUGUUUUGGCCUCAAGACAGUAUCUGGCCAGUCAUGGUUGUGGUGAUUGGCUGAAUUGUACUUGUGCUCCAGUCAUGGCCUAGUAAAUUGCCAGAGACAGGAAGCAACAAAUUUCUCAUUUUGUUUCUCCCUGACAGGCAGCCAGGUGGGUGACUGCUGAUCCGUAGACUAACGCGGUCCAAAGCUGCUCUUUCUUGUCUCUCUCUCUCUUUCUCCUCCCCCACCCC